AUGGACGUCGUGAUUAAUAUCGAUUUCGGUAUGACCGGCUCGGCGGCGGAGUGGUGGUUCCCCAACAGCACUAAGGAGAAUAACGUCGAACUGCAGGCCAUAGGAAAAAUUCCGACAGAGGUGGCUUACAGUCCAGAGGGAGAUUUCCUGGCAUGGGGAAAUGCUUGCAAGGAGAUUGGAAAUGAACUCGUCCAAAGCGGAUUUAAGGGACUUUUUGAUCGACACAUACCUGAAGCAUCCGACUCAUCCGAGCAAACGGACGACAAGCUUUCAAUGGAAGAAGUCAAGCGCUCCAAAAACUCCUACCUGGUCGUGAACGUUACGGAAGCAUUGGCCAGCUGCGAGUAUAUAACUCGAUAUUUGGAAUUUGAGCCAGGAACCAUGGCCAUCAGCUGCGGCAUGGGGGGGGCGACAAUCGAUACCGCAUUCGCAAUAUUCGAACGCAAGCAUGAGCCACUGUCGCGUAGAGUCUUUCCCAUAGCUGGGGCCAGCAAUAUCCAAUGCGGUGUUAGUGCGGUCGACAAAAAACUGUCUGCACUCCUGAGGAAGCACCCCCUGAGCACCAAUGCCCAGUUUCCGAUUUCCACAGAUCUUCGCAAAAAUGCUGAUUGGCAGCAUGCCCGAAAUUCAUUUGACGGCUCAAACGAUGUCACUCUGACUUUAGCCUGUGACUUCCGAGAUGCAAUAUCCUCUUCAGGUGGCAAGAUCGCGAUUGAUGGACUGGCAAUAAGAGUUCCAAGGGCCCAGGUUGAGAAACUAUUUGAUCCGCUCCUCACCGCGCUUUGGAAUGACAUCGAUUACUCUCUUGAGCAGUUGAAGCGGGGUUCUCAUGGCAAAAUGUGCCCUACCACAGUCGUCCUUUGUGGUGGUGGGGGCACAACCCCUUACAUCGCAAACCAACUAAAAUUGCGCUAUCAAGAUUUCGUGGUCAAAGUGUUGCCAUCUCCGGAAGCCUCGGCUCUCGCUACUGUUCGGGGCCACGGGAUUUACCUUAAACGAAUGGCUCUUGAGACAUACUUGGGAAGUAUAGGCCUUGGCCUUUCAAUGGGUUCACUAAGUGGGGAUCAUGUUGUUUGGCAGAAAUCAUCUGCCGAGGGAGUCACUAUGUUUGACUGCACCUCUCGCAAAGAAAAGGCAGUACACUAUUUCAUUGUGCAUAAGACCGAAAAUUCCGAACUCAAACCCUGCACUGUGGAGUAUGUGAAAAAUAACAUGCCCUUAUGCCCGGAAAUGCUCGUGUGGACUCUCCAUGUUGCCGCAGACAAAUAUUGGCCCAAGAGGCAAAGAUACUACAUUGAAAUUACAUGCAUGGAGAAAGAGAAGUUCAGUUUCAGGGCAUAUGAGCGGAAGAACCCCGAGGUAAAGCUGGAAUUGGAAAUCCAAGUGUUCCGUGCCCGGGUGUGA